AGAGAACAAUGGGGAUAGGCGUGGAUAUCAAAUACGGAGUGGAGUAUAUAAAUGUUACGCAGAGAUCAAAACCUACGUCAAUACUCAAUUGCGCAGCCUUCCAUAUCCUCACCUACUCAAACGAGCCAAAUCAUGAAUCUCCAAAACCCACUGUCAAUCCUGCCCUCAGAGAUCAACCUUGACAUCUUCUCAAGAUCAAUUGGCAGGAAAGCAACUUAUCAUAGCCCAGUGUGCGAGCAAAGAGUGGCGUUCCUUCAUAGAAAACAUCAAGCGCUCCUAUACCGGGCAACCCCAGUUUCUCAUCCUCUCACCUGGACUGAAAUACGACGAAGAACGACAAAUUAGCAGGGAAGUGAGAUCAAUAAGCCUCGAUCUUUGCAGAGAAAGACUAUCCCAGUUCACAGGCCAUUUAUCUUUUGACAAACCCACCGAAGAAGAUUGUAUGCAUCAUUUUGGUAAUGAUUUUAACUUUUAAGUUGUGGAUUUUGUGUUCUGGUUGUGGAUUUGUUCUUCUACACAUUGGAGAACAUAUAAUUUUGUGGAACCCCCAUACGAGCUGGUCUACCAAAGUUCUUGAGCUUCAAAGACUCCGAGAUGAGGACCAAGGUUUUAAAUAGCCGUAGCGGUAGCGGUAGCGGUCAUCGCGGUAGCGGCCUAUAGCGGCCUGUAGCCGACUGUAGCGAUUGCAGCGGCGUGAAAUAUUUUCAAUUGCGCAAAACAUAUAUUUAAUGAGUGUUGAAGUUAAUACAAACAUUGUGAAUAUUUAUUUGAACACUUAUAACAAUAGCGGGCUGUAGCGGGCGGCGUAGCGGGUUUUUCCCGUGAUUUGGAAUUCACAGCGGAAUAGCGGGCCGUAGCGGUAGCGGCCCCUACCGCGACCGCUAUAUAGCGGCCGCUAUAGCGGUAGCGGACCGCUAUUUAAAACCUUGAUGAGGACUAUAAGGUGGUAGGAGGGCUUUGUUACGAUCCAUCCAUGUCAGAUCACAAGGUUGUCAUAUUACUUAGGCAUAGCACCCCAGACUACGGUGGUCAGUUUGUUUAUUUUUCAAGCCUGAGAAAUAAAGGUUGGCAACAUGUGCCCUUCCCGUAUAACUAUAUGACUUCACGAGAUGGGGUAAACUUUAAUAACACACUUCAUUGGAUAGUAAGUGACGUCGAAAACUCAGAUUGGGAUCCAGAUUACUAUGAUUCGGAUUAUCAAUAUUAUGAAUAUUAUAGGAAAUGGGACAAUCUCGCUGGGUGCAAUAAAAUUGUUUAUUUUGAUCCCGUUGAUGAUGCAUUCAAAACAUUGCCCUCCCCUACACGAAUCAAUUCGGAAGAAGAAGACUCCAUAGUUGGUACGGGAAUUAUAGAUGGAUGCUUCUGCAUGGCAAGGAAGGAUGAAAAUAGGCAAGUGAUCCGAGUAUCACUUAUGAAAGACUAUGGAAUACAAGAGUCUUGGGUCACAUCCUUUGCCAUCUCAAUGAUGAGGUUUAAACCAUUUCACAUUUACAACCUCAAAUUUAUGUCCCAAAAUGGGAAGUAUUUAUGAUGUGUGAUUUUUCCUUGAGAACAUAUGUGUAUGAUGUCGAAGAAGACAAACUAGAAGAGGCAUUCCUUUUAGGAGAUAAUCGUGGAUAUAUUUAUGAUUAUGGCUGCCUUAGUUGCUUCUAUGUUGAAAGUUUUGAUUUGCCAUGUGAAGUGAGUUGGCCAGAGGGAUGGUAAUGAGAAAACAAUGCAGGCUUUGGAAUAAUUGUACUUCUUCUGAUGAUUAAAUAUACGGAGUAUGUUUGUUGCUUCUAGAUAUAUCAAUGUUCAAUAUCUGAUGUUAAGUAGAACGGAGCUCUCGAAUGAUGCACUGAGCUAUAGGGCUCAAAGGAGAAUGUUUACAAUCUGGACAAAUUUCAAUUUGGACGGAAGCUGUCGCUGGGCGAUAUUUUAUUCCACCCUCAGGCUCUCAUGGGGCCACCAAUUAACCCGGCCCAUCACUUACUUUCUGAAACAAUUACAUUAGUUUAAGCCCGGAAUCUCUUUUCGGACACAAUCAGCCUGUUGCAUUGUAAUCCACGAACCUUGAUCAUUAUUGAAAUAAAAAUUGUAUUUGCGGAAAAAAAAAUCUGAUGUUAAGU